AUGAGAUUUACGAAAAGAUUGAGUUUGAUGUCAAAGAGUUCCGCGAAAGUGUUGGCGCCAAGCAGCUGCCCACAGAGGACAAAAAAACACUGCUCAUUAGGCGAUGGAGAGAGCCAUGGUAAUAGACAACUUUUUUUGUCGUACCUCAUUUUGGCGCAAUUUUCCAGCUUGUCACUGCAUGGUAUUGAAGGAGCGUUUUCGGGCGCCGGAGAGAAAACUGUUAUUCCUUCAAAGGUUAUUGGAAAAUUCUCAAUUCGACUUGUGCCAAAUAUGAAGCCUGAGAAGGUAAACAAGAUGGUUAUUGAUUUCCUGAAUGAUUUAUGGAAAAAACGUGGAUCUCCGAAUACGUUCAAUCCUCGUGUGGGACACGACGCCCUACCUUGGGUUGCUGAUACCAACGACAGUAACUUCAAAGCAGGUGCCCGAGCUAUGAAGCAAGUGCAUGGAGUGGAUCCUGACUACAUUCGUGAAGGCGCCGCAGAUGAUAUGGCUCACUCACAGAACGAGAAGAUUAACAAAGUGAACUAUCUGCAAGGAGUGAAAACUCUUCUAGCCUAUCUUCUCGAGUUAGGAAAAGCCUAG